AUGUUCAUCAUGAUAUUUANUGAUGAUGAUGAUGAUGAUGAUGAUGAUGAUGAUGAUGAUGAUGAUGAUGAUGAUGAUGAUGAUGAUGAUGAUAUGAAUGGUGUUUGUGACGUUAAUGUUCAUCAUGAUAUUUAUAUUGUUUAUGAUGUUGAUGACAAUGACAGCGAUGUUUACAAUGAUUAUCCUGAUGAUUAUUAUGACACUGACUCGGAGAUUUGUGAUGGUAUUAUCGAUGAUGAUGUCUUUGCUGAUUUUUCUGAUGUCUCUUUCCACUAUGGUUGCUCGAAUGAUAGUUGGGAUUGCGUUGACGCCUUUGAGGUUUGUAACUUGGAUGUAGUUGAUAUUGAUACUGAUGACCCGAAUGAAGAAGAUGAUGAAUCAGAUUUUGAGCAGGAUGGCGACAGGGAAUACUCAGAUAAUAAUGAGGAUUAUGAUGAAGACGGUGACCAUUGUGAUGCCUCUUAUACUGUUGACACCGAACUCAGACGUGGUCUAUCCACCGGGGUGUUCUCUUCGAGUACGGCUUUUCGUUUGACGAUUCAGUGCCUGGAUUCGCUCAAAACCCUUCACGAUGCCGGAUUCCUCCAUCGAGAUGUAAAGCCUUCGAAUUUUACUAUCCAAAGACGACGACUAGAAGAUCGACUUCAGGUGACUAUCCUUGAUUUUGGUUUGGCCCGACCGUACACAGUUGCCGGACCCGGUUCGGAGGUUAGAAACCCAAGGCCGGUGGCCGGGUUUCGUGGAACUGUCCGGUAUGCCUCAGUUCAUGCUCACGAACAUCGAGAUUUGGGUCGCCGAGAUGACUUGUGGUCCCUUUACUACAUGUUGAUUGAAUUUGUUUGCGGACAACUCCCAUGGAGACGCAUUCGUGAUAAAGAUUUGGUCGGUCAGAUGAAAGCGGCUCUGGAUCACAAAGAAAUGGCUCUAAAAGCCGGUAUUCAUCUUUCCAUAGCUGAAUGUUGGAUGUCACAUCUGCACCGAUUGGAGUAUCACAGUCGACCAGAUUAUGAUCUGCUUAAACAAAGUUUGAUCUCUUGGCUUACUGAACAUGAAAUUCAGUGGACUGACAGAUAUGACUGGGAAGAACUUACUCCCGUGACAAGUCUCACAACAAAACUACCUCAAGACAUUCGACCGGGAUGCGUGAAAAGAAACCAUUCACAAGAGCUACUAGAAGGUAACUUUGUAGAGGAGCAACGUCCAGAUUUACAAGUGUUAACUACAUUAAAAUCGGUUAUCAAACAGAAUUCCGUUGGCAAUCAACCAGAGGUGGAUAGUGUUGGAUUGGGUAAAUGGCCUGGCCCGCUAAAGGCAUCCCAAUCGCAGCACUCUAUACCUGUCAAGAUGCGAAAUGUGAAUCGAUCACAACAUACACUUCCGCAGCUCACAAAGACGGUUAGUGUACGACGAAGUGACCGGGUCAUCGCAGGUGAUUUAGGCAGCGAAGAUUUGGAGGAUUCACAGAGAAAGCGACAUGGGUCUAUGACAGAAAUAUUCACCGAGAUCAAAAACCAAUCAUUUACCAAUCAGAGUGUAAAGCACAAACCUGCAGGUAUAUCCGCCGUGGUGUAUGUGGAUGUCAAGGAUGAAGCAGGUGGUCAACAACUAUCCAACAACGUCGGGAAGGACGAACAGAACAGAGAACAAUCUGAGGCAUCUUCCGCUUCAUCUACACCGUCCUUAUGGAACAGUGAAAGUGGAUCGGCAAACAAACCAGUCACACAAAAAGGUGUUCAAACGGAAUCCAAAGAACUACCGGAAUUGCUUUGGGAUAAAGCCCUGGAGAAUGUAUCUGACACGAAAAUAAAGGACAGCUCGCAUAUCUUGGAAUGCAAAGCAUUGGUGCACGAUCGACGGGUAACGUCUAAAAUGGGGCAGACAUUUGUUGCUUCCACAUCUUCAGCUGUUGUUGAGGUGGGAAUGAAUUCUCAAAACUUGACCGGAGAAUUAUCGGAUACAAGUGGGACCCCAAGAUUGACCAAUCGGGUCACAGAGACCACAACUUCCAACAACCCCAGGGCGAAAAUUCAUGCUAUCAUACAACACUUGUUAGCAAAACAACAGAUGGAAUGCAAGAUGUCCCAUGGAAAACUUACUGUAGACACUUGUGGAACGGAUCCAAAAUCCCUAGCUCAUCACCAGUAUCGUUCGUUAUCCGUACAAGCAAAGCCACACGAUAACCAAAUUUAUGUUCAUCCCAAAGAUUCUCUGUCAAAGCAAUGCACACGUACUGGCAACCACAACACCAAUGCGACCUCGAUGCAAGCUACGCAACACUCGGCUUCAUUUGUGCGGCUGUCUUCCAACAACCUGAUGUUAUCACAGUCUACCGAUCAUCACACUUUUCUUCGCGUACCACGGCAGAAUACCUUAGCCAAUCUAGGAACGAAUACAUCCAAACUGGACAAAGCUCGCUCACGUUUGGAACAGACAGUGAAGAAUUUCACCGAUGGUGAAUCGCCAUCCACUGGUACUCCGGCAGCUGCAAACCGGAUAAUAAUAAGUGCCGCAGAGGAAAAAUCUCCACAAACCGCACAGUUCCAAGGAUUGAAACCGACUCCGUUACCUCGGAGACGUCGUAGUUAUCAAUCCAUUCCAAAAUUGUCUGAAAAACCAUGCGAUUUGCCAGCGGAUACACCAGUAGCUUUGAAUGCUUCGCAUUUGGAUCGCUACCCAAUUGAUGGAGACCGUUUGGCCAAAAGCGACUACCGCAACAAGCUGAAUGUGAAUAAACGCAGACAGAAAACGCCAGCAACAGGUAAUCCGAUCGGUCCGCUAACCAGUACAUCUCUGAAGCCUGUUCGAAGACCCGAUUGUUCAGAAGGAUUGAAGAAACGCCCAGCAGAGGACAAAACCAAGUUCGACAGAGAUCAACACGACUGUGUCCCGGUUCAACACACUGGGAACACCCCUGCUGGUGUAAAGAUCUUACAUGAAGAAGAAAAAGUGAAAAGAAGAGAUUUGCACAAGGAUAAAUGCGACACAGCGAAACUCACAUGCAACCAGUUCAUUGCCAAAGUGGGUACUAGUCAAAAUUUAAACUGGAAUUCAUCCACUCGAAUAGUGGACGGAUCACGCACAAAAAGUGGGACGAAUCACGCAGGUAUGCCGAUCCAAACAGACUUGUCACGCACAAAACGAACACCAAAAUGGAUGGGUGGGCAUGAAGCGACUGCGAUCCAUGCAACUCUCCGUGGUGCAAAAGUCACAACCAGUCGACCCUUAACGGCCACACCACGAAAACUGGUCACCGGACCGAAUGAUCAUUUGAAAGAUUCAUUACAACUUCGAGGAAACACGGAUUUGAACGUCUCAUGGAACGGCUUGGCCGGUUGGCUAAAUCAAUCGACGGAUGAUGCAAUGCAACCGAUUCGCAGUAAUCAAACAGACACAUUACGUCCUCCACGUACACGAAUCCGACUAAGCAACAAGCAUAGUGAACAGUACGGCGAUCACGCAAAAGAUGAUAAUGAGGAUAAUGUUCAUCAGAAACAUGAAGAUCGUGAGGAUGAUGAUGCUCAUGAAAAUGAGGAAGACACAGAUGAAGCUGAAGAAAAAUCACAGAUUGGAGAUGAUAAACCUGAAGCUGAUGAAGAUGAAUAA